UACUUGUUAGUUCUUCCCGCGAUCACUUCACAAACACUUUCUCUAGAUUUCUUACUUUCUUUCUCUGGAUCGAAAAAUGUCAUGGUUAGCAAGAUCUCUGGCAAAUUCUCUCAAACUCGACGAUGACGAUGAUAUCAACCAAGAUGGAACUAACAACAACAAUCAGAUCGAAUCACCAGCAGAAACAACUACUGGAGGAGGUGUGAAAGAAGAUCUAUCAGAAAUUACCAGAACUUUUACUCGUCAACUAUGGGGCGUUGCUUCUUUCCUUGCUCCUCCUUCAACUAUUCCAAGAGAUACUUCGGUUUCGGAUUCCAGUAAUCCUGAAUCUCCUAAUUCAGAAACCUCUGCUGAUUCGGGGAAAAUUGCUGGAAUCAGAAGUGAUUUUGCUGAGAUCGGUGGGAGAUUUAAGACUGGGAUAUCUAAACUGUCGAAUCAUAAAGCUGUUAGUGAGAUCUCUAAGAUUGCUUCGAAUUUCCUUCCGUUUGGUACUUCCGAUGAAGAUUCGGUUGGAGGUGGAGGUGGAGAUGCUGUUGGUGUUACUGAUGAUGUAUUAGCUUUUGCAAGGAAUAUUUCUUUGCAUCCGGAGACUUGGUUGGAUUUCCCUCUAGAGGAUGAUGAUGAUUCGGAUGAUUUUGAUAUGUCAGAUGCACAGCAAGAGCAUGCUUUGGCUGUCAUGAACCUUGCUCCAGAACUAGCAGCUCUCAGAAUGGAGCUUUGCCCUGAGCACAUAAGUGAUGGAUACUUUUGGAAGAUUUAUUUUGUUCUUUUGUAUUCUAGACUCAGCAAGCAUGAUGCUGAGAUUUUGUCAACGCCGCAGAUAGAAGAAGCUAGAGCUAUGUUGAUGUACCAACCAAAGGAAAAGCUGCAAUCAGAGGAUACCAAAGCAGAAGAGCAACAAUCUGCCUCAUAUAAUGUGCCGACUGACGCAGCAUCACUUGAAACAUUUGCUCUUGAACCUAAAAGUUCUAUGGAAAUGACAGAUGCUGAAUCCGACAAACAGCCUAUUGUAAUUAGGGAUGUGCAAAUCAUCAACGAAACUUUGGUUGAAGAACCAGUGGUGAAGAACAAGGAUGAAGUGAUUGGUGCCUCCAAAGAGGAACUAGUACCAGCCAAGGAUGAAGCAGUUAGUACCUCUGAGAAAGAAGUAGUAUCAAGCAAGGAUGAAAAAAUUAGCGACUCCGAGGAAGUAGUAGCGUUGAGGAAGGAUGAAGAUGUCAGUAACUCCAAGGAAGUGGGAGUAUCGAGUAAUGAUGAAGUGGUCAGUGACUCCAAGAAAGAAGUAGUACCAAAGCAGGAUAAAGUGAUUAGUUCAUCCAAAGAAGUAGCACUGCAGCAAACUGACGAAGAAGAUGGGGAUGACUGGUUAGAAGAGGAAGAAGAGGACAGUGCAGAAACUAAAACCUUCAGCCACACUCCACUAGGUGAUGACGAGGAUGUAUCAUUCAGUGAUCUUGAAGAGGAUGAUGAGGAAACUGUAAAGAGUACAAAAAAAGUUGGUGAACUUUCCAAGAAUUCCAAGAACAAGGAUUCUGACGAUUGGCUCAACGUGGAUGAGAAAGAUGCCAUAUGACUGUCAAAACCAUUGUUACAUAUGAUGCAGGCUCCUAUCAUUCCUAUGUCAUGAACUGUUCUUUUCUUGGUGGUCACUGAUGUUUGUACAUAAAGUGUGAUUGCUCGAACCACACUUCUUUGGGUGCCCAAGUGAAUUUUAAUUCUGUACAGGAGAUUGAUUCGCAACCUCUGGUCUCUGGUUAUGUAUUUGUUUAUGAGAAUGUUGCCUAGGCAAGAGUUCCCCCAGGUCAUGGAUGGCAUAUGGAGAACGGGUGAAGUUCAAGCGGUCUUGAUACUGCUCAUAGUAGUGGUGUGCGGGAUACUAUCAAAUGGUAAGUGUUUCAAUUAUCAUAUGGUAAAAUUCCAACCCCCAUUGUACUUGAGAAAAAUGAAAAUCAUUGUCAUUUACUAUCAUUAGUCGGAUAUACUUCUAGGUACACACUCCAUGCUAUGAUCUGAUAAUAGAAUUUCGGGGGAGAUCUUCAUGUGAUUCUGGUAGUGCUUCAUUUCUAUGCUAUGAAAAUAAGUUGAUAACAAUUCAUGUGAAUUCUUUUAAUGACACAGACUAGCUGCAUACCCAUUCCUUUUCUAUUAUCUAUGUGACCAGGUCACAUCAAUCCUAUUCCUUUUCUAUUAUCUAUGUGACCGUAUCAACGUCUUGUUUAGUUAGUGUUGAUGGUUUACUUUACAUCAAUCCUAUUGCUAAAUCGAGUCUGGAAGUAUUGCCUCUGUCAAAAACAUAGUGUUAAUGGUGUACUUUAACUCGGUCAUAUUGCUAAAAUGAGUUCUUGUA